CUGGGAAAUUAAAAUGCGGGGAGUGUUCGUGUUCGCGGCGGCAAGCCUGCUGGCGAGCGUCCGGGGUAUGUACUCGAGUGAGGACAGCGUAAAGGUACUGGACCCGGAGAGCUUCCGUGAGCAAGUGCAACAGGACUCUGGAGUGUGGCUCGUAGAGUUCUAUGCGCCAUGGUGCGGCCACUGCAAGGAACUGGCGCCUGAGUACAAGAAGGCCGCCAAGGCGCUGGAAGGCGUUGUAAACGUGGCUGCUAUCGAUUGCCAAGAUCACGAGGAGUUUGUGAACGAGUUCGCGGUGCGCGGCUUCCCGACCAUUAAGAUCUUCGGUGAAAAUAAGGCGAAACCCUUGUCUUUUGACGGCGAGCGCACAGCCAAGGGCCUCGUGGACGCCGCACUCACGGCCUCGCGUCGAAUGGUCAAGGCACGUAUGUCGGACGGCACGGAGAAGAAAAAGCGGAAGCCCAAGCCUCAGCCCGAGAAGAAAUCGCCCAGUGGUAAGAGCAGUGUCAUCACUCUCACUGACGAUACGUUCGAUGAGAUGGUGCUUAACAGUGGAGACGUGUGGCUCGUGGAGUUCUAUGCCCCAUGGUGUGGCCACUGCAAGGCUCUAGCCCCAGAGUGGGAGCAGGCCGCGUCCGACCUGAAGGGGUCAGUUAAGGUCGCUGCACUUGAGGCGACGGCCAACGAGCUGAAGGCGUCGGAGUACGGAAUCCAGGGUUUCCCGACGAUUAAGGUGUUUGGACCGAAUGCUAUGGGUCCCCAGGAUGCUGAGGACUACCAGGGUGAGCGCACAGCUUCAGCUAUCACCGAGUUCGGUCUCGCGGCGCUGGAUACCUUGGGUGGCGGAUUGCGCAUCAAGGAACUUGUGUCGGCUGACGCUGUCACGGACUUUUGUGAAGGCAAAUCCAGCUGCGUUAUUAGUGUAUUGCCUCACAUUACAGAAGGUGGCAAGAGGGCGCGUGAGGGCUACAUAAGCACACUCGAGGAGGCUGCGAAGCUGGUGCGUGGCAAGCCAUUUAAGUUCGGAUGGAUGCAAGGAGGCGACCAGCUUGACUUUGAGAAUCGCUUCGAGCUGACGUUCGGGUACCCGUCGCUAGUGGCUAUCAACUUGGACCGCAAGCGCUACGUGGUGCAGCGUGGUGCCUUCACGGCGGAAGCGAUUGCUGAGUUCUUGCAGGGCGUCAUUCAGGGUCGUGAGUCGACGGUUGGCUUCGACGAGCUGCCGGAGAUUAAGACGAUUAAGCCGUGGGAUGGCAAGGACGUGCAGCUGGAUGAAAUUGAAGAGGACGAUGAGGACGACGACAUCAUGAACGAAAUCCUGGGCAACGCCGCUGAGAAGGAUGAACUUUAGGAUCAAAGUGCUGCAUAGAAGAUCAUAGCGUGCGCUCUGAGCAUCAUUCACACAAUCGAAACGUGUUUUUUUUCGCUAA